GAAUGGAUAACCGCAGUUGGUCCUCCAAGAGUGAAAAAGCUGGUCCUCCAGUGGAGUUCCGCGCCGGUUCCUUGUGCUAUAUGAGGAGCCGCAGAGCCGGGAGGCGGGCACUUUGUCGGAGCAUCUUGGCUGGUCUACGGUUGAGAGAGGGUAGAAUCAGCAGCAACCAUGCCAACAUCAAAAGAUGCGCAGCACGAAAUGGGAACAGCCUUCAUUCAACGGCAGCAGUUGCAUGCUGCUAUGGCUGACACUUUUCUGGAGCACCUGUGCUUGUUGGAUAUAGACUCUGAAGCAACAACUGCUCGCAACACUGGCAUUGUUUGUACCAUUGGCCCUGCAUCAAGAUCUGUGGAGACGCUGAAAGAGAUGAUCAAAGCUGGAAUGAAUGUUGCACGGAUGAAUUUUUCACAUGGAACACACGAGUACCAUGCAGAAACUAUCAAGAAUGUCCGUGUAGCUACAGAAAGCUUUGCUGACAACCCCAUCAACUAUAGGCCAGUUGCCAUUGCUUUGGACACAAAAGGACCAGAAAUCCGCACUGGACUCAUCAAGGGAAGUGGCACUGCUGAAGUUGAACUUAAGAAAGGAGCUAAGCUUAAAAUCACACUUGAUGAUGCCUAUAAAGACAAAUGUGAUGACAAUAUUCUGUGGUUGGACUACAAGAAUCUGAUUAAAGUGGUUGAAAAAAACAGCCGAAUCUAUGUAGAUGAUGGCUUAAUUAGCCUCCGUGUGUUGGACAAAGGUGCAGAUUAUUGUAAUACUGAGGUUGAGAAUGGUGGUCUUCUGGGCAGCAAGAAAGGUGUCAACUUGCCAGGAGCAGCAGUUGACCUUCCAGCGGUAUCAGAGAAAGAUAUUCAAGAUCUGAAAUUUGGUGUGGAGCAAGGAGUAGACAUGGUGUUUGCCUCCUUCAUUCGUAAGGGUGCUGAUGUUGAUGCUGUGCGAGCAGUCCUUGGUGAGAAAGGAAAGAAGAUCAAGAUCAUCAGCAAAAUAGAGAAUCACGAGGGAGUUCGUCGAUUUGAUGAGGUCCUGGAGGCCAGUGAUGGCAUCAUGGUUGCUCGGGGUGACCUGGGCAUUGAAAUCCCAAGUGAGAAAGUCUUCCUCGCUCAGAAAAUGGUGAUUGGACGUUGUAACAGAGCAGGCAAACCUGUCAUCUGUGCUACCCAGAUGUUGGAGAGCAUGAUCAAGAAACCCAGACCCACCCGAGCCGAGGGCAGUGAUGUAGCUAAUGCUGUACUAGAUGGUGCGGAUUGCAUCAUGUUGUCCGGAGAAACUGCUAAAGGAGAUUAUCCCCUGGAGGCUGUAAAAAUGCAGCACUUGAUUGCUCGAGAGGCUGAAGCAGCCAUGUACCACAGGCAGCUAUUUGAAGAGCUGCGUCGCUUGUCACCUCUUUCUCACGAUCCAUCUGAUGUGGCAGCCAUUGGUGCUGUGGAGGCAUCUUUCAAGUGCUGUGCUGCAGCUGUGAUAGUGCUGACUAAGUCUGGAAGGUCUGCACACUUGGUGUCCAGAUAUCGCCCGCGAGCUCCUAUCCUUGCUGUAACUCGUGAACCUCAGACUGCACGGCAGGCCCAUCUUUACCGGGGUGUUUUCCCAGUCCUCUUCAAACCACCAGCCGAUGCUGUCUGGUCUGAUGAUGUUGAUCACAGAGUGAAUUUUGCAAUGGAAGUUGGCAAAGCUCGUGGUUUCUUCAAGCCAUGUGACCUAGUGAUUGUAUUGACUGGCUGGCGCCCAGGAUCUGGAUCCACCAACACCAUGCGCGUACUGCAAGUUUCCUGAGCAUGUUUAGGACUGGAUAUCUGAUGUCCACUGCAGUAUCACCUCCCUCUAGGCAGCCAUAGCUUUGUGUACUGCAGAGCAUCUUCACUUCAGCAAAUUAAAGCGAAUGCAACCCUUGUAAUGUGUUCUGCACCCGAUUGCUCUGCUGUGCAGCACCUGACUGCCUGAUGUAAGACUAUAUGCUUCAGUCAGUGCACUGUAAGUGUACCAUACCCAUACAACCCUUUAUUUAUAUUUUGGUUAAAAUUAGUGUCCAAUAAUACACUAUUAGUUAUACGUCAAUUAUUUUUAGUUCCAGAUUUAAACUGUUUAAAUCCUCCCUGAGUCAGUGUCUGGUUUGUCAGUGCAACAUGCUGUUGUGAUUUAUAGCAGUAGAAUUCUGUUUAAAUGUUGUAUGUUUGCAGAAGACAUCAAUAAAUGCUAUCUUCCUCA